AUGGAGAGUCUGAGUGAACUGCAGAACCCUCUGCUGCCUCGGACCCCCACCCCCCUCCAUGGCCCCUACCCCUACCCCGAGGCUUCACCCAGCUGGUCAUGCCAGGAGAAGCUCUACUCCUACCUCCUGGGUGGUGCUGGCUCUGCUCGCACCCACCAGCUCCUGGAUCCGGGAUCCCUACAGCUGGCCGUGGAGGCCUGGUACAGGCCCAGCUGCCUCCUGGGGAGGGACAAGGUCAAGGAACCCAGAGCCAGCAGCUGUGAGACCAGCUUCACAGAGAACAGGGAGCUCCAGGCUGGGCCCACAGAGCGCUCCACAGAACCUGGCCAAGUAGAAGAGGAUAUCACCAUCCAGACUGUGUCCUACGGGGUUCAAGAGGAACUGCAGGGCCAGGAGAAUGACCAGGAGGAGGAGGAGGAGAGUGAUAUGACCUCGACAGACAGUGAAAGUGAAGACAACUUCGUGGCGUUGCCCCCCAGGGACCACCUGGGCCUUACUAUCUUCUCCAUGCUCUGCUGCUUCUGGCCCCUGGGCAUUGCUGCCUUCUACUUUUCCCAGGGGACCAGCAAGGCCAUCUCCAAGGGAGACUUCCGCCUGGCCAGCACCACCUCCCGCAGGGCCCUCUUCCUGGCCACACUCUCCAUCGCUGUGGGCGCCGGUCUCUAUGUGGCUGUGGUAGUGGCUCUGGCAGCUUACAUGUCCCAGAAUGGCCAUGGCUAG